ACUCCAUCAUUCCUUUCCUCAAAGACCAAUACUUCCUCGUUCUUCCUCCAUCGCCUUCUCCCCCCACUCCCACUGAGCUAAGCCCCAACUGCUCCUAACCCCAUCACCACACAGACAUAAACACAAGAACUGAAAUUAGUACUAACCUGAGAUUAAAUCAUGGGAGUCAAGGGAUUUGUUGAGGGUGGAAUUGCUUCCAUUGUUGCUGGAUGCUCCACACAUCCACUGGAUCUACUCAAGGUUCGUAUGCAACUUCAAGGUGAGAGCAUGACUGUUCCAAACGUUCAGCAAUUUCACACUCUGCGACCAGCUUUGGCCUUCCAUUCCACCACCGCUGCUGUGUUUCCUCCUAAUUCGAUUCACGUUCCUCCUCCGCCGCCGCCGCGUGUGGGCCUCGUCUCUGUAGGGAUGAAGAUUGUUCAGGCAGAGGGUGUUAAUGCUCUGUUCUCCGGCGUCUCUGCCACUGUCCUCCGUCAGACGCUCUAUUCGACCACUCGGAUGGGACUUUAUGAUGUUCUGAAGCAGAAAUGGACCGACAAGGACUCCAAGAACAUGCCCUUGGCACGCAAGAUCGCUGCUGGACUCAUUGCCGGCGGUAUCGGCGCGGCAGUCGGGAACCCUGCCGAUGUCGCCAUGGUUCGGAUGCAGGCGGACGGACGGCUUCCCGUAGCUCAGCGGAGCAACUAUAAUAGCGUGAUUGAUGCGAUCACGAGGAUGUCGAAGCAGGAAGGCAUCACCAGCCUGUGGCGCGGAUCGACUCUGACCGUGAAUCGAGCGAUGAUCGUGACUGCGUCGCAGCUAGCGACCUACGAUCAAGUAAAGGAGUCAAUUUUGGAGAAAGGAGUGAUGGCGGACGGGCUUGGAACACACGUGACAGCCAGUUUUGCGGCAGGGUUUGUUGCUGCCGUUGCGUCGAAUCCGGUGGAUGUGAUAAAGACACGAGUGAUGAACAUGAAGGUGGAGCCAGGGAUGGCUCCGCCGUACAACGGAGCCUUAGAUUGUGCGAUGAAGACUGUGAAGGCGGAGGGACUCAUGGCCCUCUAUAAGGGAUUCAUCCCUACGAUUUCAAGGCAAGGGCCUUUCACUGUGGUCUUGUUUGUGACGUUGGAGCAGGUCAGAAAGUUGCUCAAGGAAUUUUGAUGACAACGAAAACACAAUUUUAAUAGUUAUUAUAUUUAUUUAAUUCAGUCUAUAUUUAUAAGAUGUUUUGAUAAUUUGAUACCAUAUCGGUUUGAAUUAUUGAGAAUAUAAUUUUUUGAAGCCAAA